AUGAACAAGUUGUAUUGUAACCAGUCUAAGCAAUUUUUGCCCAUAUUCACUGAACUUGAAGAUCUUCGUUCGACUUGUAUCGCCAACUGCGUCUUUAACAUUUUUCUUACUUACACCGCCUUCAUGUUAAACAUUGUGACAAUCUACGCCAUAUACAAAACUUCAACAAUGCUAAACACUUUGAAAACUCUGCUCCUAAGUCUCGCCUGCUCAGAUGCUGCUGUUGGUUUGUUUAGUCAACCAUUAUACACUUUCUUUCUGAUCAACUGGCUUCGACUAGACAAUCCUAGCUGUAACGCUAAACAAGUGCGGACGAUUUUAAAUAGUUUAUUUUCAGGUGCUUCGUUCCUUGGUGUUGUGGCUGUAAGUGUAGACAGGUUCUUAGCUGUUCAUCUUCAUCUCAGAUACCAGGAGCUUGUGACUCACAGGCGUGUUGUUAUUGUUGUAAUUGGCAUAUGGGUGUAUAGUGCAUUUCUUUCUUUAAUAAUAUUGUGGGAGCUUCUUAGUACUCGGGAUCUUAUACGCACAAUAAGUGCUGCUUUCGGUUUUAUUAUCACACUCGUGGUGUACAUCAGGAUAUAUCAAACAGUACGACAGCACAAGAAUCAGAUUCAGUCCAUGCAAAUACGAAACGAAGCUCAGUCUGAGGAGAUAAAAAACUUUAAUAUCCUCAUUAGAUCCACAGCUGGCAUAUUCUACGUAUAUCUCUUGUUUUUAAUUUGUUAUUUGCCCUACUUCAUUUGCAAGGCUGUUAUUCAAAUCUAUGGUUCGAGUAUCGUUUUAAAGAAACUUUAUCUUUACUCACUGACUCUCGUGUUCCUAAAUUCAUCUUUGAACCCUGUAAUUUACUGCUGGAAGAUGAAACACAUUCGACACACUAUCAUAGACAUACUGGGAAAGAUGUCUUGGAUCAGCAAUCGGCCAUUUCGGAUCAACUACAAUCGGUCAUCGAAUGUCGUUCAUAUUGAUAACUGAUCCACUCUGUGUGGCUUAAAAAGACUAUGCACGGUAAUUGUUUAUGACAAAGUGAAAUGGGGACAAGCAAGAUUGUACAUAAACUAAGUUAUAAGACCCGGUAGCCAAAUAAUUGCGUAGUUCCAAUUUUAAGUACACAAUAAAUCGAAUAAUAGGGCAGGAACUAAUUUUGGCAAGAAAGCUGGUUUUGUCAUCGAUAGAUGGUGAUAUUGUAAUUAUGGUUGCAAAGGAGCUAGUAUUUACGAGAGAAGAAAAAAAUCGAUGUUAAUCAUUAGUUAAUGAGGGGAUUUAAGACGAAAAUGGAUUGAUCGAUAUACUUGAAAGUUAAACAAACAACGAAAAACAUCGAGUUUGCCUUAACACUUUUGAGGUAAAAUCUUAGUCGAAGCAGAAUGCUGCAUAUGAAAACGAAAACGGAGGUGGCUAUAGAGUUAUAGAUUAGCCCGCAGAUGUUUGCAGGUGGUUCUUGAUAAUACCGUGAGUUUUGCCGGAAAACUUAAAAUUAAGUAUGUUUUUUUUUUCUUGUUAUCUCCUUUCGCUUAAAUGCAAAUAACAGAUAGGUUUUGCAACCAACUUGACAAUUCUUUACAAUUUCAAAACAAAUUAAUGGGUCAAUAAAAGUGAAAUGUAGUGAAAACGAUACUCUCGUAAUAAAAGCGUUCAAAAGUUUAUUUGUUCAGAUAAUCGACGGCUUCAAUUUUGGGCAAAUCUAUGAUGAUUGCAUGGCAAUUUGAAAAUGUCUUUCAACAUCUCGGAGAAUAUUUGUAACAGCCUUGUUUUCGCCUGGCUUUAAGGAAAAACGGAAGGGUCACAUUAAGAGUUUUGAUAAUUGCAUCAUACUAUCAAUACCGUGUCCCUAAAUUGAUCAUCUUAGUCAUUCUCAUUACCUGCUUGCUUUAAACUUUCUUUAAAUUACACAUUAAUGGGGGAGUUAAGGAGUUGACUGUUAAUUGAUAUGAGCACCGUCUACUACUCCAACAUGCUAUUUUUAGCCACUUAAAUUACGUGCACUUAAAUCUUCCUGCAAAUUACCAUAAACCAAGAAAGUACUAUCUCGAUCAGCAUGGACACGCGAUAAGAGAACUGUCGUAGUAAAAUUCAGUCAUUUAAGAUAAAAGUUCUACGCUACCCGUGAGGGAGCUGUUCGCGGUAAGUGUCCCUACUGUCGCCAGCAGCUUUCUCCCUACCAUCACACGGAUGCUAUUAUUCCCUCAGGCCCAUAUCCGUUUUGUUUUUAUCAAGUUCAAUUUCCACCCCCGCCACCUCCACCGCCAGAUCAGUUUUGGUGGUUGGAAUUACAAGGUCUUACCGUGGACGGGUAUGGGGCAGAGGAAGAUGAUCUCUUUCCAGAUUAUGUUCUACCUCCACCGCCCGCUGGGUGGCAAGCUUUUCGCCUCGGCCAUCGUUAGCCUUUUUUAUUUCAGCCGUAUUUACAUUCAUUUAGCUAAGUAUAUUCUACAGGUAUUCCAAACAAAAAAACAAAAAGGAAAAAAGGCUUAUUGACUCCCCAUAUUUAGUCACAGCGGCAUUUUGGUGUUUUAUGUUAGCAACCUUAAGAAUAUAUCCACUUACGAAUAUAUCCACUUAUCUAACCGCAUAUUCAUAAAUCUUUUGGCAGCUGGGGACAGCUCCGUCUAAGUAGGGAGAAUUUGUUAAAUAAUAAAAUUACAAUUAUAGUUAAUCUACAAUAUCGUAAGGGUUUCCUUGUGUUGGUGUCGGAAAAAGGAAUGGAAAUAUUAUAUUAUUUUAAGUCACUUAAUGCAAAUUAUAAAAAGGGCAGGUUGAUUACUUCUUACUCCUUCUUGGUGGUCUUAUCUUAAAGGUUGAGUUUGGUCACGUUCUUCUUGUGAGUUUGAUCACGUUCUUCUUGUGAGUUUGGUCACGUUCUCCUAGUGAGUUUAAUCACGUUUUGCUCGUUGUGAUCGUGAGGUUGACAUGGAACUCGUGAUGAGCCAUGUUCCUAAUUAAGUUAAUUUGUUAGUCCAGGAUGAGUAAAUCUCCCUGGUAAUAGAUCGCGUUCGACACCUUCUUGUCCCCAGAGGUAAUUUAAGGUGUAAACAGGUGAUACCCCUCAUGUUUCGCAACCAAAAGCAAUUUGGGGGCGGUACUUGUGAGCGCCUUUCUUCUUUAACUCUUGUGACCAAGAUGUUGUUAUGUAAAAAUCUUUAAAGGUGGUUUUCUCUUAAGAUACCUUUUCAGUUAUAAAUAAUACUCUGAACCAAGGUUAUUUGUAAUUUUUAUAUUAUCGAUCUCGUUUCUGUUCUGGCCGAUCUCAACCGUAAAGAUAUGAAAAUUAAGGUAUAAAUUGAUUUUGUAACUGCGUAAACAACUCGAAGGUGCAUACUCAGUAUGUGGGAACUGCAAUACGUAGUCAAGCGUGAUUCGCUAGUUGAGAUGUUACGAUGACGACACAAGAAGAUUGACGGCUUAGAAAUGUCAUCCGCAGUGUCACCUUCAGCGGAGACUCUAGUUUUCCCUGUUGGAUAGAAGCUAGUCCCCGUUGUAUCAAUUUGUGAAGAAAGAGAAUAAAGAAGAAUUAACCUAUCAAACGACGAGUGUUAGAAAAUUUACUUCUAACACUAUGGGGAACUAAGGCGAGGUUAGUGUGGUAUUCGCCUUUGAAGUGCAAAUAUGUAGCAUGUAAACCUCAGGGAACCAUGUUUAGAAUAUUCAAGCGUAAAUUUUAGAAUAAAACAGGCUGCACAUGCGUGUCGAAAGAACAUGACCAGUCUAAUCCACAUGGGCAAUCGGAAGAGUGGUUAACAUCAUAAUUAGCGAAUGAGAACCCGAAACAAGAAUAGGCGGACUGUCAAAAGCAUGGAAUAGCCUGAGUGAUGCUUUUUGCGCCAUUCACUCAAACGCUCCAAACGUCAGUUUCAGAAACUCUCUUCAGAGUCCAAUUUACAUCAUCAACUCAGAUAAAAUCAAAUUGUCUCGUAAAACUCCCACCGAAGUAGCAUCACAGUUUCUUCGAAAACACACCCCCUUUGUUCAUUUGCGGCCCAAGAUAAUCUCGUUCCCAAUUUUUUUACUGUAACGGAAAUGUAAGUUACAACCGCUUGGUCGUGAAAGGGGUGGACACGAGACUACCUACGAGCAGUCCUCUGCUCGUAGGAAGACUUGAGGCGAGUCGGGGAGAGGUAUGCCGGGGGUCUGGCACUACUUGCAGAACUCUAGCUGACUACCCUUUACAGAACUAUAGAGAAUUGGCUGCCAUUGAACUGCCAAUGAGGCAGGAUCAUAGGACUAUUACGGAGGCUUAUGGGGGAAUCAGGUAAAUAAUAAUUUCAUCGUGACAACCAAAAUCAUCCAACCCUAAGCAAUUAACCCCCCCCCCCCCUUCGAUAAACAAUUAUCGGUCCGUAACUUAGCCUCAUAUUUUAAGUUACGCGUGUUAAGCGACUGCAGAUAAUCAAGGAAAACCGAUAAUACGGACUUUAAGAUUGAGGACGGGGGCUUCUAUUGAGAACGUCAUAACGGAGGAGAGCCUGGCUAGAGUAAGGCGUCGUUUAGGCGGGAAAUUUGGCGUUAAGAUCCACUCGAUCCAAUACGUUUAGAAUUUGGAGGACGUCUAACCAUCAUGGCUAAUUUUAGGGAAAUGCGUGAUCUUUUCACACUUUAUCAUUCAUCAGAGGUCAUGAUGAAGAGUUCAUUUUACUGUAUGAUGCACUCUCUUCAAAGUACUUACAUCUUCCGCAUGAAGACUAUCAGCGAUUUUCCUUCGACCAUAUGGAACCUGACCAGUGUAAAGCACAAUUCAGAUUCUGUAAAAACGACAUCUUUUUGCUUGUCGAUGUUCUGCAAAUACCAGCAGAUUUGGUUAAUUCUCAAGGAACUAUUUUUGGUGGACUGGAAAGCUUAAUUUGUAUUUUACUCAGAGAAUUGGUAUAUCUAUGUCAAUACAGUAGUUUAUUACAAAGAUUUGAUCGACCAGUGCCCGAGUUGUCUAUGAUAAGUAGCACUGUUGUGAAUUAUAUUUAUGAGAACCACACGAACCUUUUAGCUUGGACUUUCAUUGAAUGUUUCUCUUUCUUUCUUCUUAAAGCAUUAAAAUUCAUUAAAAACAAGCUGUGGCUAAGAAUAUUGAUGCAGAGCUGAAAUAGACUGACCAGUAAUGCCACUAUUAAUUGACAUUUUUUCCACAGAGGGGAGGAAGCAUAACGCCGGCAUGCUUGCAGACUCAGGACUGCUCAGAGAUCUUAGCCAAUAUGCUUUUUCUAUUAGAGCGGACCCUCUCUGUUUGCAUGGAGAUUCUGCCUACCCUUUAAUGGUUCACCUACACUGGUAAUACUAGUAGCCAGUUUUUUGACCCCAUUCCUUCUUCUCCGCAAGAAUAUUUUCAGUUGGGUCAAUUCUUAAGUUCUUGGUCUGGCCAUGCAAAAAGGUAUAGUAAAGGUGUAGCAAGUUUAAAGGAAAUAAAACAACACUAUGUAUUGAAACAAGAGUAAAGUUUGAAGGUGUUUGUUUAUUAUUUAGGGUAAAAACAACAAACCUCUGCAAAUCUAGUGAGUAAUUUAUGAUAAGUAGCACUGAUAAUGGCGAAGAAAAUUAGAGUGCAUUCUACAUUGGUUUAGAACAAUACCAACUAAAUAGUUCAAACCAAUAUUAAUCAACUAGUGGGGACUAAAGAUGCUGUACUAAUUUUGAACUAUUUAAAUUCAUUCCAGUUUCAUGCAGUCAUACUGAAUUUACUCUAGUAUUGUGACAUAAAUUGGUCUAUUUUUGUUUGGCACUGUCAACUCAUUGAGACUGGGUGCAUGAUUCAUAGUUUAUUUAACAAACAACAUCUGCUAAAAGAAUACAACAAUUUUAUGUCAGAAAAAAUCGGUAGCCAUUGUUGUAAAAAGCGUGAACUCAUGAACUAUUAGAAUCUGAACAUAUUUUCAUAAACUCAUCCACUGGACUAGUCAGUUUUGGUACAUACAGUCAACUAAGUUUAUUCACAUAAAAAACAAUAAACAACCACCGGGUGGAUGCUAAUAAUUAAAAAAUAAACAACGGCCAGUUCUCAUCUUACUUGUUUUUCAUUUGUUGCACUACUGACUCCAUAAGUUUCAUGGUGUUUUCUUGCAUAUUUUAAUUAACAACAUGAAAUCUUGGUGUUGACGUUCGCAUAGGUUUUGCUUUUUCGCAUCAAUUUCUAGCUGUUUGUUGUUUUAACUCGAGACCUUGCUCAUUUUUGCCCUGUAGGUAUCGAUUGCUUCAGAACAUUUUGAUCUUUUUUUUUUCUCCCCACUUUCUUCUGAAUCCGUUCGGCUCCGUUUUAGAGUUUCUCCUAGGCUUUCCAUUACUUUUUGCCGCAUAACAGCGGCAGUAGCCUUUCCUUUCUCAACUUUUCUUUCAGGCUCUUCAUCUUUAUCCUUAUAUUCUGAUUGAGAAUACUGCUCUUUCUCGAUGAUUUCCUCAUGAAGCACAUCAAUCUCCGUCUCCUUUACAUCUAUGCUACAAGCUUUAUCCUGCUCUUUCUUUUUAGCAAUAUGUUUCUCUUUUAAGAGACAAAAUUUAUCUUUCACCGCUCUUUGGGUAACUGUGAAGGUUGGAUUCGUUACAUCAUUUAAAUGAGCAACUACAGUAUUCUACAGAUUAAUGCGCUGUUGAGUUCGAGGUCUGUAUUUGAAGGGUUCCGUGGCUAAAAUCUCUCGUAGAAGGAGGGUAUGAUGCUCAUCGGUCUAUUGCAUUCUACAGAGAAGAAUUACAAAUCAAGGAUCCAUUCUAUUUGCAGCCGAAUUUAAAACACAAGUUCUGAUUUUACAGAUAAACUUACAAGGAUUUGGCUGAACACUGUUUUUAACUUCAAGUACCUGUUGAAAAAAAUUCUUCGUUUGAAAUUUUUUCCACAUGUAAUCGCCUCACUAGAAGCCACGGCCGAGAAAAAGCGUAAAGUGGAAGAUGCUGGCAAGAAAAUGAACGAAAUUAAAAAAUUUACCUUGUUUAUUAGGAUUUGAAUCUGUCGUUUGCUAAUGAACCUCGAGUAGCCUGUUUUCAUGUCGUUCACAGAUCGAGCACGCAAUCGCGUUCCCAAGGAAAAAUUAACUUCUGGUAGCCGUCGUUCACUCAAGCCAUCCUCAAUCUUAAGGUGCUUAAUUAAUUCAUUUUCUUUCAACUUCCCAUCUCAACAUCGGCUGUAACCAUCUGCCGAGAUCUGAGGACUCUCUACUUGAACGUUAAAUGACGGAGGGUACUAUCGAUAUCGUUGUUAUCCUCAGUAAGUCUAGAGAGAAAUUGGCCUGCUAAAAUAUCGCAACCCAUACAGUAUUUUCUAAAAUAGCGGCUCCAACCUUUUAUAAGUAAGCGAAAAUCAUGAGCAAAUUGCAUUGUAACCAGCUUUCGCAAUUUUUGCCCAUAUUCACCGAACUUGAAGAUCUUCGUUCGACUUGUAUCGCCAACUGUGUCUUUAACGUUUUUCUUACUAAUACCGCCUUCAUGUUGAAUAUUGUGGCAUUCUACGCCAUACACAAAGCUUCAACAAUGCCAAACACUUUGAAAACUCUGCUGUUAAGUCUUGCUUGCUCGGAUGUUGCUGUUGGUUUGUUUAGUCAACCACUAUACACUUUCUUUCUCAUCAACUGGCUUCGACUACACAAUCCUGGCUGUAACACUCAACAAGUGCGGACGAUCUUCAGUGGUAUAUUUUCAGCUGCCUCGUUCCUUGGUGUUGUGGCUGUAAGUAUAGACAGGUUCUUAGCCGUUCAUCUUCAUCUCAGAUACCAGGAGCUUGUGACUCCCGUGCGUGUUCUUGUUUUGCUGAUCAGCAUAUGGCUGUACAGUGCAUUUGUUACUUUGAUGAAAUUGUGGGGGCAUUUUAAUGCUCAGGAUCUUAUAAGUGCAAUUACGGCUGCUUUUGGUUUUAUCAUCACCCUCAUGGUGUACAUCAGGAUAUAUUUAACUGUACAACGGCACAAGAAUGAGAUUCAGUCCAUGCAAAUACGGAACGAAGCUCAGUCUGAGGAGAUAAAAAACUUUAUUCUCCUCACUAGAUCCACAGUUAGCAUAUUCUACGUAUAUCUCGUGUUUUUAAUUUGUUAUUUGCCCUACUUCAUUUGCAUGGCUGUUAUUCGAAUCUAUGGCUCGAGUAUCGUUUUAAAAAAAUUGUAUCUUUUCUCAUUGACUCUCAUGUAUCUCAAUUCAUCUUUGAACCCUAUAAUUUACUGCUGGAAGAUGAGACAAAUUCGACACGCUAUCAUGGACAUACUACGAAAGAUGUCUUGGCUGAGCAAUCGGCCAUUUCGGAUCCACUACAAUCGGUCAUCAGAUGUCGUCCAUAUUGAUAACUGAUCCCCUCUGUGUGGCUUACAAAGACUGCGCGCAGUAAUUGUUUACGACAAAGUAAAUAGGGACAUACAGGAUCGUAUAAAAACUUAAUGAUAAGACCAGGCAGUCAGGUGAUUGCGUAGUUCCAAUUUUAAGUCCAAUAAGUCUCUAGUUUGGAAGGGAUGGGGCUAAUUUUAGGAAGAAAGCUGGUUUUGUCAUCGAUGAGUGGUGAAAUUGUAAUUGUGGAUGCAGAUGAAAGUGAGAGAGGAGACAUGACUUAUUCAUAUCAAGGUUUCCGUCGCUCUUAAUUUCAAAUCAGAAUUAUAACCAAUAACGGUGGUUUCGGACUCGAGCUUCGGAAAAGCCUCUUUUUCCCUCAUGUAAAUUUUUCCUAUCACUGCCAACUGUUUCGCCAAAUCCCCUUCUCUUAAACUAACAUUGACAAGUAAUUGACGUGCCAGCUUCAAAUAAAAAAAAGGAAACUUAUGUCAUCCAUCCUUCUGCCGCAAAACCAGAAUUUCCAAGUUACUCUGACUGUAAUAGUGGGAAAUGAACUUCUUCCUUUUUAAUAACCAGUCAACCCCUUGACUCCCCUUAAUGUGUAAUUUGAAAAAAUUCUCAAGCAAACAGGUAAUAAAAAUGACAGAGAUGAUCAAUUUGGGGACAUGGUAUUGAUAGUAAGAUUCUCAGGACUAAACAACAAAUAAAUGUAAGGUAUGAUCAUGAGUGAAGGGAAUAAACUUGCACGUCUUUCAUUAUGUUAAUAGUUGCAAACUCUAAAUGAUCCUACGAUAAACAGAGUAAGGUCAUAUUGAGAGUGCCACGUUUUGCCCUCCAGAAGAAAAACAAACAGGAGCUAGUAUUUGCAAGGGAAGAAAAAUCGAUCUUAAUUAUUGGCUAAUGAGCGGAUGGAAAACGAAAAUGGAUUGAUCAAUAUCCAUGAAAAUUAAACAAAUAACAUAAAGCAUCGAGUUUGUGUAAACACUUUUGAGGUAAAAACUUAGUCGAAGGAGAAUGCUGCAUAUGAAAACGAAAACAGAGGUGGCUUUAGUGUUAUUGAUUAGCCCGCACAUUGCAGGUGGUUCUUGAUAAUAACGGGAGUUUUGAGAACUUAAAAUUAAUUAAGUUUUGUUUACUUAUUAUUUCCUUUGUUUAGAUGCAAAUAACUGAUAGGUUUUGGAAUCAAUUUGAGAAUUCUUUACAAUUUCUAGACAGCUUAACGGAUCAAAAGUUUAUUUAUACAGAUUAUGGACGGCUUAAAUUUCGGGCAUAUCUUAAAUAAUUACGUGGCAAUUUGAAUAUGCCUUACAAAAUGUCGGAGAAUAUUUCUAAAAGCCUCGAUUUCUCCUGGUUUUCACGGGCAACAGACUGGGAUCAGUCGCCACCAAGAGAAGGGGGGGGACUAAAGAAACUUGCCGUGGAGAAUUUUUGCAACAGUGUCGAUUUCUCGUGGUUUUCGGGGGUAAACAGGAGGUGGGUGAUCAGUCGUCGCCAACAGAGUAUGAAUAAAGAUUAUUAUUAGGAAAUGAAAUGACAUUAUUAUUAUUAAAAACUGACACGCUAACAAGGAGGAAGGGUGUAAUACGAAUAUUACAGUCUUAUAGGGGAUAUUGUUGUUUUUAUCUUGACACAACCAAAAUCCUCCUUAGGAAAUGAAUAAAACAUUACAAAGUCUUCAAGAUGAUAACAAUGCAUUCUGAACAGUAAGCAAUGUUUGGUUUAGUUACCUUAACCGGUAAUAAGUUAUGGAAAUUUUGGUAUCAUCGAUUUUCUAAUACUGACCUCGCUUUUCCGAAUGAGUUUUUGCAGUAAUCGUUGCUUUUAGAAGUAAAUGCGUAUAAUCGGAGUUUAUACAGCAGAAAGCCAUUAAAAAUAGUUCAUCUGUCAUUUAUUCUCCCAAGAGGCUGGUCAUUAUUUAUCACAUGUGGUGGGAAGGGGGGCGGGGGGCAUUAGAGGAUCUUCGUCGAGUCACAACAAUGUUUACAAAGCCCCCCCUCCCCUCCAUAAGAUUCUCUAUGAUUCCUACGACACCUCCCGCCCUUGUUGAUAGUUAAUUGGUAGUCAAUUUAUUAUAGUCCCCUAUUAAUAUUCUGUUGGCGACGACUGAACCGCCCCUCCGCUUUUCGUUAACCCUUUAACUCCCAAGAUCUGAUUGUUAAUUCUCCCCUCUACCUGCUACACAUUUCCUUGUAAAUAAUUUACAAUAAUUUAACGUUAGAUCAAGGUAACAACUUCUAUCUGAUUAGUUUAAGUAUUCUCAUGACCUAUUCGCUGGAUAAUGUAUGGAUAUUUUAGAGAGAAAUUAGUUUUAAAUCAUUCGUGGGAGUUAAAAGGUUAAAGCCAAGAGAAAUCGACCUUGUAACAAAUAAUCUCCGAGAUUUUGAAAGACAUCUUCAAACUAUUACAUAAUCUUCAUGGUAAGCCCGAAAUUUGAGCCAUCGAUUAUCUCUCAACAAGAGCUUUCAAGCACUUUCAUUACGAGACUAACUUUUUGGCUACAUUUAACAUAACUGACCCAUUAACUUGUCUAGAAAUUGGAAAGAAUUGUUAAAUUAUUUCAAAAACCUAUUUGUUAUUGCGUCUAAGCGAAAGGAGAUUUGGAGGAAAAACACACUUAAUUUUAAGCUCGUAAACUCCCGCUCAGCUUGUAUUAUGAAACAUCUGCGGACUAAUCAAAUCAAUAAUUUUACAGCCACCUCUGUGCUUCUCGCUGUUUGUUUAGUUUCAAGUAUAUCGAUCGAUCUAUUUUCGUUUUCCAUCCACUCAAUUGCCAGUGAUAAACAACAAUUUUUCUUCGCUCUCAAAUACUUGCUCCUGGUUUCUUCUCAUCCUGAGGAAAAAACAUGACGCCCCAAAUGUGACGCUAUACCAUUUCACGGAGGAGUCAUUUCAAGCUUUUAACUUCUAAUGAAAGAGCUGGAAGUUUAUUCCCUUCACUCACGAUCAUAACAUAUUUAUUUGUUGUUUAUUCGUGACCAUCUUAAUAUCAAUACCAUGUCCCUAAAUUGAUCAUCUUUGUCAUUCUCAUCAUCUGCUUGCUUUAAACUUUCUUUAAAUUACACAUUAAUGGGGAAGUUAAGGAGUUGACUGUUUAUUAAUAUGAGCACCGUAUACUACUCCAACACGCUAUAUUUAGCCACUUAAAUUAUGUGCACCUAAAUCUUCCUUCAAGUUAUUAUAAACCAAGAAAGAACUAUAUCUCGAGCAGCAUGGUCAGGCGAGAAGUGAGCUGUCGCAAUAAAAUUCAAUCAUUUAAGAUAAAAGUUAUAUGCUAUAUCAUCGCGAAAAGUAAAUUAGGUAAAACGCUGUAAUUGCAUGAUCACAACCAGUUACUCAAAAGUUAUUUUCGUUUUGUUUUGUUUUUUCCUAUUUAAUAACGAUGAAAAAUGUUUCUAAUUGCAAAUAGUUCACAUCGUUACGAUGAUGCUAGCAAUAAGCGUUGCCCUUCAAAGUGAAAAGAGGUAAAUUGAAAGAAAAAUACUGCAGGAUCUCUGCUUGCAAAAGCGUCAUCCACUCAUCAAAAUUAGUGCAAACAGAAGCUUUAUAACUCUGAGCCCGUAAGAGUUUCUUCUCCUUAAGGUAAGAACAAUUUUCUCCGCGGACCUUAUCUCACUCCUUCUUAGGGUAAUGCUUCUUUGGAAAAAAUUGAUUAUAUUAAUAAUAAAAACUCGCUUUUUCAUGAGUUAAGGCAGCUUUUUUGAAGAUGGUUCAAGGGAAUUCCCCUCUUAUCAGCAUAUAGCUCAAUGAAAAAUGACUUAUCAAAGUUUUGAGCCAUGUACUGUCAUGAGCCUGAACAGUUUCGGUAUAUUUUAACCUCCUUAGAAUAGAUAAUCAGGCCGAGGAAAGAGGCAAUGAAGCUCGUUUGAUUUGGAAAUCAGCUAAAACACAUUGAUAACCAAACCAGUCUUCCUAUUUAAUGGGCCUCUUUCAUUCCACUUGUAAGAAUUUGAUGUAAAGUGUAUUUAAAAUUCGAAAUGAUUUGCUUGCUGAGUCAUAUCACUAAGUUUGUCUACAAUGUUCUUUCUCCUUAUUUCCUUUGUCGUAAACAAACCUGGCACAGUCCUUGUUAGACACACAGAGCGGAUUAGUUGAAUAACAUGUCCGGUCCCAGUAAAGGAGGAAAAGGUUUGGGCAAAGGAGGUGUGAAACGUCACAGAAAAAUCCUACGAGACAACACCCAGGAUAUAACCAAGCCGGCCAUAGGACGUUUGGCUAGAAGAGUUGGUGUGGAGCGCAUGACGGUGACUGCCAUGGACGUUGAAUAUGCGUUGAAACGACAAGGACGUACGCGGUAUAGCUUUAGAGGCCGAAUAAUGAGGAACUGGCACGACGGAGAAACUUUAGAGUUAGCAAGCAUAUAGAAGGGAAGACUGAAAUUUUUAUGAUAGCCUCCAGGAGGACUACAAGCUAUCAAUUAUGUUUUUGUUUUGCGUACAUUAUUCAUUUUCUCGUUUGAAAUUAAAACAAUGUACUAUGUAAUGUCUUCAUUAUUUCCCCAAGUGAUACCAGCUUACUUUCGUCUCUUUUGUGUCUGUGUUUUUUUUUUCGCUGUAGCACGACUAAAUGUUGUGCAAAUAAUGCACAGAGAAUUAAAUUGCCUCUUUCGUUUGUCCAUGUUCAGUUUACCGCGCCUCAUCUGUAUCUAUGGGGGGACUAAGGCGAGGUUGGUGUGGUGUUCGUCUUUGAAGUGCAAAUUGGAAAGAGUGAACCUCAGGGAACCAUGUUUACAAAAUUCAAACACAAAUUUUGGAAUAAAGAAGGUUUCAAUUGCGUGUCGAAAGAACAAAACCAGUCUAAUCCACAUGGGCAAUCGGAACAGUGGUUCACAUCACAAAUAGCGAAUGAGAACCCGAAACAAGAACAGGCGGACAGUAAAAAGAACGGAAUAACCCGACUGAUGCUUUUUGCGACAUUCACUCUGACGAAAAGCUAACAGUUGAAACAUCAGUUCUAGAAACUCUCCUCAGUGUCUAACUUACAUUAUCAACUCAGAUAAAAGUCAAAUUGUCUCGUAAUACCCCCCCACCGAAGUAGCCUACAGAGCAGGCGUGAUUUUGGCGAACGAGUGUUCAGUAUUUUCUUAACGAAAAUUAUGGCCGCGAUCGUUGAUUUUAAUGGCAGCGGAAGGCUGGAGAGAGAAAGAAAUUUAUACUAAGGGAGCGGCUGACGGACAAAAAUAGGGAGAAGGGUAGGGUGGGGGAGUGAUCGUUACGCCUGUUGCGGAGUUCCGGAUUGGUGCGAUUAAACUCCAGCCGUCAAUCGCAUGCUGUCAAUCAUUUGAGUGUAUUCUAGCUCUUGCUGGAGAAAUAGAAAGAUGACGAACUCUGAUCGUGAAGUUUUAGUUUCGAUUCCGCUCUCUAAGGAAGCAAUCAAGAGUUUUUCGGAAUUUGGUGGGUCUCGGAACAAAAAGAAGCAAUUGCUACACUGGUUUCUGGAAAAAACUGGUUUUGGGAAGAGCCUGAUAUUUCAACGGCUGGUUCCUAAAAAAGAAAUAAUGACGAGAAAACCUUCUACCGUAGUUAUCGUUUGUCCGCUUCAGGGUAUUGUUUAUGAUCAAAUGGAAGAAGCAUCUUCGAUGGGAUUGACGGCAGCUACGCUCACGGAUUGUUGUUUGGAGGAAAUUGAGUGCGGCAAAUAUAACCUCGUAUUUGCGUCGGCAGAGGAGGUUUUGGCGAACCCAUUUCUUUCCUUAAUGAAAAAAGCAGCCACACCGUUUCACUAGAAUAUGUGUGCAAUCAUUGUGUGCAAUCAAACGCAGUCAAACCAGAGGGGACAGAAAAUUCUCACCUCAUUCAAGAAAAUUUUGUUCGAAAAACAAGCGAGCUCGUCCGGAUUUACGCACCUCCAACAUGCUUCCAGAUUUCAAGUAUUCGUCAAACUCAAGUGACACUAACUUGGUGAUUCCUUUAUUUAGUUCCGGCUCAAUUUCUUCUUCUUUCUUCUCUCCAUUGUUUGGUGUGAAUGUUCUUCAUCAAUGUUUUCGUUUGGGAAUCCUUGGGAAUUCUCACAGUCACGUUUCUCGACUAAUUCAUGAACACGAUUUUUACACCAUCGUUUGGAAGAUCUUCCACUAUCAGUUGACUCAGCAUCUCGUUUUCCUGUACGGAAGAAGUAGAUGCUGUAUUCGCUGUGAUUUCGAAGGCGAGAGACUCUUUUGAUCGCUUGGGAGGAACUUUCCCCGACGGAGUCUUCUCAACCGGGGAGCUAACACGUACAGAUUUUAAUUUCCUCCGCAGUGGACUAGCUUUAUCUGGCGUGUUGAGAUUUCCUUUGCUAGUUUUAACUGGAGAAGACGUCGUUGCAGUCGCGUUCUCGACAAAGUAGUACCACUGGCCUAAAUUUCGAGUCCUACGGCCACAUGGUUUGCAAACACGAUUUGAAGAUCUCGAGCUAUCUUGCACCAAGGAAAAUUCAACUUGACGAAAAAUUUCGCUCAAAACAACCCCAAAGCACUCUUUCCGUUUCGAAGGUUUGAAAAUGCGUUUUGAUGAAGAGUGGCUUUGAUUAGGGAGAUUUCCCAAAUGAAUUUUGAGGAAAAGGAAACUUCGCAAAGCCUAUAGUUGUCACUCGCUCUAUUAUGGGACAUUACACAAAAUGUGUUUGUUUUUGCCGGAAGUCAUUGCCGAAGGUUUUUAAAGAAACUGAUUUUUAUUGGUUACCUGCCUAUUCCGGAAAUGCAAUGAAGCGCAACUAAUCAGGGGGUGUAUGGAAUUUUUAACAGCCUCUUCGGGCAGCUGCCUUUUCGCCCUUCCUCUGUCCCCUACCCCCACUGUCCACUUUAACUUCAAAUCAAACAUGGCCGUUCGGAUAAACGAUCGCGAUAACGCUAGCUCGCUCCAGUAAGACGCUUACACUUCAGGCUAUCACUGAAGUAGCAUCAUAGUUUCUUCGAAAGCGCACCCCCUUUGUUCGUUUGCAGUUUAGAUUUCUGCCAAAAAUUAACGGUUUUGCUCAAAUUCAGUAUCCUGCGAGCUAAUCUCAAAACCAGAUCCUACCGUUUCUAAACUGUAACUGAAAUGUAAGUUAGAAUCGCCUGGCCGUGAGAGGGUUUUGGUACGAGACUACCUCCAAGCAGAUUUUCUCUGCCCGUGGGAAGACUUGAGACGAAUCGGGGAGAGGUGUGCCAGAGGUCUGGCACCACUUGCAGACUUCUAGUUGAAUACCCUUUAAGGAAUGUAGAGAAUUGGCUGCCAUUGAACUGCUAAUGAGGCAGCUAAGAAUCAUAAGAAUAAUACAGAGGCUUAUGGGGGAGUCAGGUAAAUUUUAUCGUGACAACCAAAAUCCUCCGACCCUCAAUCCCCCCUUCCCCACCCGCUAAACACUGAUAAACACUGGUCAGUCCGUAACUAAGCCACCUAUUUUUUCAGAGUCUGUUUUAGAAUUAACGAACAUGAACGAGAAAUUAAACGAGCUAGACAAAUGAACUGUUACACGUAUUAAGCGAAUGGAGGUAAUCAAGAAAAACUCAUAAUUAAUUUAUUUCCUUUUGACUUCCCAUCUCAGCACCAGUCACAACCAUCUGUUGAGAUCUGAGGACUGUUUACUUGAACGUUGAAUAACGGAAGGUGCUAUCGUUGUUAUCUUCAGUAAGGCUUGUGAGAAGUUGGCUUGCUAAAUAUCGCAAACCAUUCACUAUUUGUCUGAAAUAGCGGCUUCUAGCGGAUAUCAUGAGCAAAUUGUUUUGUAACCAGUCUUCGAAGUUUUUUCCGAUAUUCACUGAACUUGAAGAUCUUCGUUCGACUUGUAUCGCCAACUGUGUCUUUAACAUUUUUCUUAGUUACACCGCCUUCAUGUUGAAUAUUGUGACAAUCUACGCCAUAUACAAAACUUCAACAAUGCCAAAAACUUUGAAAACUCUGCUGCUAAGUCUUGCCUGCUCGGAUGUUGCUGUUGGUUUAUUCAGUCAACCAUUAUACACUUUCUUUCUGAUCAACUGGCUUCGACUUGACAUUCCUGGCUGCAACACUCAACAAGUAUGGACGAUUUCAAGUAGAUUAUUUUCAGCUGCUUCUUUCCUUGGUGUUGUGGCUGUAAGUGUAGACAGGCUCUUCUUAGCCGUUCAUCUUCAUCUCAGAUACCAGGAGCUUGUGACUCACAUGCGUGUUGUUGCUGUGGUGGUCAGCAUAUGGGUGUACAGUGGAUUUUAUUCUUUGGUGAUAUUGUGGAGGCCUUUUAGUGCUUGGAACCUUAUAAGAAUAAUUACUGCUGCUUUCGGUUUUAUUAUCACACUCGUGGUGUAUAUCAGGAUAUAUCAUACUGUACGACGGCACAAGAAUCAUAUCCAGUCCAUGCAAAUACGAGACGAAGCUCAGUCUGAGGAGAUGAAAAACUUAACAGUUCUCAUUAAAUCCACAGUUGGAAUAUUCUACGUAUAUCUCGUGUUGUUAAUUUGUUAUUUGCCUAUUAACAUUUGCACUGCUGUUAUUCGCAUGUAUGGCUCGAGUAUCGCUUUGAAGAAACUUUUUCUUUACUCUUUGACUGUCAUGCAUCUAAAUUCAUCUUUGAACCCUGUAAUUUACUGCUGGAAGAUGAAGCGCAUUCGACGUGCUAUCAUAGACGUACUGCGA